UACCGGCCAGGAGCAGCUCCAUUCUAGUCACUACCCUUCUCUUAGCGAGGUGCGCAGUUGAGACGGUUGUGUCGCCGCCAUUUUGUGCUAGAGCCGCAGAAAGAGUAACAGACGUUUACCGAUAGUUCGUAGGUAGGUCACCUGCAUCCCAAGCUUUACCCGUGCUGUCUUCGACUCGCUGAACCGAGAGCUCUCAGCGAUAUUGCCCGAAAGAGCGACGGAAAGAGCGAAGAAUUUUUUUUGAAACGCCAACUACAGGCCUUUCCCUGCCCCUCCCCAUUCCACCUCCCAUACCUUUUUGCCCUACCGUUGACAAUCUGCCGCAGAGAACGGAGAAAGACCACUGACAACUUAAUCUACUGAUGCCUGGGUUCCAAAUUUCUACUAUAGGAAGUAGAGAGAUGGCGAGCAAUGUCACUAAUAAAACAGAUCCUCGCUCUUUGAACUCUAGAGUAUUUAUUGGGAACCUAAACACAUUAGUGGUGAAGAAAACAGAUGUAGAAGCAAUCUUCUCUAAGUAUGGCAAGAUUGUGGGCUGCUCCGUGCACAAGGGCUUUGCAUUUGUGCAAUACAACAAUGAACGCACUGCCCGUACUGCUGUGGCUGGGGAGGAUGGACGAAUGAUAGCUGGGCAGGUCCUGGAUAUCAAUUUGGCUGCUGAGCCCAAAGUGAACAGAGGAAAAGGAGGCAUCAAACGGUCAGCAGCUGAUAUGUACGGGUCUUCCUUUGAAUUGGACUAUGAUUUUCAUCGGGACUACUAUGACAGUUUGCCUACUCCAUGCUCCUACAGCUAUACUGCAGCCCGUGUGCCACCUCCACCACCACCAAUAGCACGAGCUGUUGUACCUUCAAAACGUCAAAGAGUGUCUGGAAAUACAUCCCGUCGUGGAAAGAGUGGUUUCAACGCGAAGACCGGUCAGCGUGGUGGGUCUUCCAAGUCUAGCAGAUUGAAGGGUGACGAUCUACAGACCAUUAAAAAGGAGCUUAGUCAGAUAAAGCAGAGAGUAGAUUCUCUUCUGGAAAGUUUGGAACGUAUUGAGCGUGAACAGUCAAAACAAGAGACCAAAUUGGAUGAUGAUCAGAGCAGCAGCUCUGCAAAAAAGGAGGAAGCAAAUGUGAAAAUGGUGGCAGAGGAAGCAGGUGAUUCAGGAGAAGAGGGAGAUUUGCUUGACGAUGAUGAGCAGGGAGAAGACACGCUCGAAGAAAUUAAAGAUGGGGACAAAGAAACAGAAGAAGGAGAGGAUGAAGGAGAUAGUGCAAAUGAAGAAGAUUCUUAAAAAGUCCACUCCCUGAUCCCCUCUCCUCCCUUUCAGCCUAUUGUGUAUAGUUCAGGGGUCAAUAACCUCCCCGACACCCCAGCUCUGAAAUUACUCAUCCCAGUGUGCACACUCGAAACUCCCAAGUAAAUCUCGCAUACUGAAAGUUGUAGUUUCACAACAGCUAGCGUGCCGGAGGUUUUUGACCCCUGGUAUAGUUGGUUCAUAGCUCCACCCCCUUUACCAUCACUUACAUCACCAGCUUUUCAAGCCUGUUUAUUAUGUGCCCUGCAUUUCCUCUGCCUCCCUUUCAUUUUGAUACCUAUUUGCGACUUCUAGAAUAAAAGUGUAUUGUUUUUA